AGCAGGUGCUGUAACCUUCAGCGCGGAGGGUUUAGAGACCGUAUCGAUGCUGAAUGACUCUCACCGUGUGCGGGUCAGUGGCGUCCGCCGGUGAAGGGGGUCUCUGCCCCGCGGUGGGAGCUGUUUGUGAAUGAGAGCGGCUGUGAUCCGGUCGGUAGUCACGAGGAGCUGAAGAGGUUGAGACCCGCGUGUUGCCGCGCGCGUCAAUAAAGGCUGUUAGAGCGGGAAAAACCACCGCCUCAGCGCGACGGACCGAGGAGAGGGUUAAGGUUAGCUCACCGGCCUCCUGUGAGGAGUCAAAGGUAGUGAAGCGUUUAUGUUCAUCCUAGAAGCUCGUGUGUGAAAGAAGAAGGCAUGAAAUAAGCUUCAAAAGAGCUUCAAAGAAGAUCCUAGGCUUUUAUUAUAGGCAGUAACACAUUAUCAGCAUACAGAGAUGAAUUAUUCUUCUUUAGCUCUGACCUCCAUGGAGUGGCAUAAUAUGAUGCAGAGUAAAAGAUUGGAUUUCUUCCUCAUCCCUGCUACUGUCUUCACGACUGUCACACUACUGAUUGACCCCUUACUCCUCUUCUGCAUCCUCCGCAACCAAUCUUUCCGUCAGGAAACACGUUACCUUCUACUCGCCAACACCCUCCUGUCAGACGCGCUCUUCCUCGUGUUCAACCUCGCCAAUUUGUCAUCCAACGCUGCAAACUUGGAGAUGCACUUUACAGUCUGUGAGGUCAUCACUGUCACCACAAUGACAACAUACUGUUCCUCAGUGUUAACAGUCACACUGAUGGUCAUCGACACAUUUCUAGCGGUGCGCUGGCCGCUGCGCUACAACCAGAUUCUGCCACCAUCUCGGGCGAUAAAGCUCAUUGGGUUUGUUUGGGCAGUUGCUGCACUAUACCCACUCAUUCUGUUGGUGGUGAUGGAGGUCAGCGAAAAGGGCAUCCCCCAGAGACUGAAGGUGUGUGUGGUUCUCAUCACUCUGGGUUCCUUGGGGAACAAUGUAAAGGUACCAUUGUACAUUUACAUUAACUCAUGGGUGAUUGUCUGCAUGGUGCUGAUCUUCUACUGUUACAUCCGUCUCUACACCAUCACCAAGAGCUCAGGAAUAUGGAGUAGCCGCUACUCACGAGCACGGCUGACUCUGCUCGCACAUGCUCUGAUGUUGCUGAUGUACUUUGUACCUGGGCUAAUUUAUACAGCACAGCUGGGACUGUUUGACAAAAAUGUUACAUUUAAAGUAUGGCUCAAUACUGUGAACUUGUCUGUGCUGAUGCUGCUGCCACGCGCUUGCGCUCCCUACUUGUAUGGCCUCCGGUAUCGUAAGCUCUAUGAUACAGUGCAAGUAUUGCUGAGGAGAAGAUGUCUUAGUUCAGUAACACAGAGCCAACAGGCCCAGGCCUCAUAAAGGGAUAAAAAUACUCACAUGGCUAAGCAUAAAUG